UCCAGCUCCGAGCCCCUGUGGGCCAGGAGCACACCCCACCGCGCUAGUCCGGGGCCCAGCAGCCGGCUGCCGGCGCCCCACGGUGCAGACCCAGCCAAUCAGCAGCCGCGGGGCGGGCGGGGUGGCGGCGCUGCGCUCGCGGAUCAGAGCACGAAGCAGAGGCGCCACUGCCAUCCCGGAGCAGACCAUGCCAAGAUCACCCGUGCUCUUCCCGCUGCUGCUUCUGCUGCUGCCGCAGCCGCCGGCCCACGGCUUCGGGCUCCGCGGUGCGGGCAGCCGUAUCCCUGAGUGCGGUCCGUGCCGGCCGGAGCGCUGUCCCGCGCCCUCACGCUGUCCCGCGCCCGGCAUCGCGGCACUAGACGAGUGCGGCUGCUGCACGCGCUGCCUGGGCUCCGAGGGCGCGAGCUGUGGGGGGCGGGCCGGCACACGUUGCGGUCCGGGGCUGGUGUGUGCUAGCCGCGCCGCCGGGACCGCCCCGGAGGGUACUGGGCUCUGCGUGUGCGCGCAGCGUGGCACCGUCUGCGGUUCCGACGGCCACUCUUAUCCCAGUGUUUGCGCGCUGCGCCUGCGCGCCCGGCACGAGCCUCGCGCGCACCUCGGCCACCUGCGCAAGGCGCGUGACGGCCCCUGCGAAUUCGCUCCUGUGGUCAUCACUCCACCCCAGAGUGUUCACAAUAUCACCGGGGCACAGGUGUACCUGUCCUGUGAGGUGAGGGCUGUGCCUACCCCAGUUGUCACGUGGAGGAAGGUCACACAGUCUCCUGAGGGCACCCAGGUGCUGGAGGACCUGCCGGGGGACCAUGUCAAUAUAGCUGUCCAGGUGCGGGGGGGCCCUUCUGACCAUGAGGCCACGGCCUGGGUUUUGAUCAAGCCUCUGCGGAAGGAAGACGAAGGAGUGUACCAGUGCCAUUCAGCCAACGCGGUUGGGGAGGCCCAGUCGCACGGCACGGUGACAGUGGUAGAUGGGAGUCAGUACGGAGCCGCCCGCUUCCCGGCUCUGGAUGACCGCAUGUGAUGGGGUGAUGAUCACAGGAUGACAAAAAGUCAAGUCAUGGAUCAUUUUGCUUUGUGAAGAGUUGGAAAAAACUGUGUUUGUAGAUGACUCCUUUUGUAUGUUUUUAAAAAUUAGAUGCAAACUAGAUUCGUAUGCAGAUGUAGUUUUUAGCAGGGCAAACACUGGGAAAACAGACUGCAUGUAGCCUUUUUAUACUUUUGGAGUGAAUAGCUCUGUAAGAAUCCUUUUUUUAACUCUUCCUCCUGAGGGCAAGUCCCAUGAGGUAUAUUUGUAACUCUGAGAGGCUGGACCAAGGCGAGUGUUAGCUGUGAUUCUUUGCCUCAUUUCUCUAGAACUGAUUAGUGGAGCUCUGUGACCGAGUAUGUGCUGUAGGAGGACCAGGUGCUCUGCCUGACCUCUAACUUGCUAUGUGACUCUGAGCCUUGGUCUCUUCAUCUGUGACUGUGGUAUUUGGACUGGAUAUUACCUGUGUCCCUUUGAGUGCUGACACCUAGAGUAAGCUGGUCCUGUGGAAACAAUAUGGGAAGUAUAGUCUUAGCAUUCUUUUUAAAAUGAUAUUCCGUCAAAACCAAAUGCCGUCGCUUCACGCGAGGGUGUGGACACCUCAACUAUUCCUGCCAUUUUCCCAUCUUAAAGAGAUUUAGUCUAGAUGGAACACGUAACCGGACUCAUAGGCUCCUUGGCUGGGCAUCUGGGGAUCAAGAUGUCCACUUGUGAGCAAGCCCAGCCUUCUCUAACCAAGUGGGCAGUGGAGACCUGGCUGCUGGACAUCAAAUCAUAAGAAUAGGGUCAGCUGCCCUCUCUGGGCUGUGGAAUUAGAGUGUAAUAGAAUACAUUUUACUUAGAGACGUUUUGACCUCACCCCAAAAUUAAGCCUUCUUUUCUCUUCGUCAAGAAAGAAAGAAGGAGACUAUUUAAUAUCUGGGCUGAAAAAAAAAAAAUAGAUCCCCUAGGUGACUAAAACUGUUUAAGUCAUAAUUGGGAUCUCACAUCCCAGUGAGAUUGUUAAAGUGACAUUUGGGAUAGUUGUUGAAUUUCAUGAAGCACUUUUGUGUCUGUGGUCACUUCCCAGCUCUGGGACGGCAGGCAGGACGAGCCUUAAUGCCCCCCCCCCACCUCUUUACAGAUGUAGACACCAGGCUGCAGGGGGAAAGCUCUUGGUCUGAGGUCUGAAAGUCUCUGAGAAGGACAGAGCUCAGUGCAGCUGGUCCUCUUUGGCUGCCUUUCCAUGGUGCUCCUUUCAGAACAAUCUCAUAACUGUGUAGAGGAAGAUGCUGCCAGUCCCACAGUUUCAGGGAUUCUUAUCAAGGACCACCUCAACUUUUAAAGCAACACUCAGGCCACUCAUGUUGGGCACUGCAUUUCGGAGUCCUUUCUGGAAUUGCAUUUUUCGCCUUUAAGCCCAGCUGCUCCACGUCUGAAAUACUGGGGUGACAUCACCCAAACAUACACAGUAGGGGACUGGCUGGGAAGUCUGGAAACAUGAGGUCCAUCUGGGAAUUCGUCCCUCUCUUGCUGGGUGACCGUGAACAAGUCCUCUUCACUCUCUGGACCUCAGUUUCCUCACUUGAAUAGGAAGGGAAUGAAACUAGAUGGGUGGUUUUCAAACUUUAAAAUGCUGGAACCCCUUCUUUGAAUAAAAUAAUUGAAACCGA